AUGGAGCCCGACGAAGAUGCAAGCAAAUAUGACCCAGAGCAGUCGCUCGAGGAGCGUCGCGAGAUCCAGCAGAGCAUCCGCAACCUCGAGAGAGACAUGCAUGAGAAUGCAGAGGCCUACAUGCAGGUCGGCUCCACAAAAGUCGCCGAGGCACUCGCACGCCUCGAGGAGAUCAACAAGAAUAUUAAACAGACAAACGAGGCUGCCAUCGAUUCCAAGGCCCUCGUUACGCUGGUCGACCUCCAGAGCCGCAAGCUGCAGAAACUCACCGCCGGGAACCUGGGCAAUGGCAUUGACACGGACGAGUUCGUCUCCAAGUGCAUCACGUACAUGCGCCGCGGCGCCGGCAUAGCGGACGACGAGGACGAGGAGCUGACGCACACCCAGCGCAACCGUCGGGCCGGUGCGCAACGAGGCGCCAUUGGAUCCGACGACGACGCUUCGGAUGACGAGGAGGGUGGUGAUAUGAUGGACUGGGCGCACCUCGGGCGGUACGCCUGCAUUCCCAACGUGAGGAGACCAGCACUUUCGGGUUUCCUGCUUGGGCCGCUGUCGGUACAGAAGAAAGUCCGGAAACUGGUCACAAGGACGGCCCCGCUGCGUGUACGGGACUUACAGGAGGUUCGGCCUGAAGUCUUGAAUACUGAGGACCUUGCAAAGAACGAGAACGACCUCACUGCCAUUUGCACCAAGAUCUUGAAGCAGCUCAAGUCGGUGCGAGACACAGCGAUACAUGAGCUGCAGAAGAUGCAAGACGACGACAGCGUAGAUGACGAGCAGAUGGAACGGGCAAUGGAAAUAUUGGGCGUCACAGAGACAGGCAACAUGGAUCUGGUGCGGUUUUGCAUCAAUCCUAGAUCUUUCGGCCAGACAGUGGAGAAUAUGUUUUACGUGAGCUUCUUAAUUCGCGAGGGAAUGGUGGAAGUGCACUUCGAGGAGAAUGGGCUCCCAUCUCUUUCCGCGAUGUCGAACACGGGCGGUGAUGAUGGCGACGGAAACAAACCACCAUCUCCUGAGCCAACAGCAGAUGAUCCUUUGGCCGCUCUCCUGGAACCAGAGGACGCAGACUGGGACCAAAUUAAUGUUGGCGGCGAUGCUCAGCCCCCUCAGCCACCGGCCGGCGCCGACCAGAACCCAGACGGAGGAGGCACGCAAGACACAAGUGCCACCGGGCAGCCUCAACAAGGAGCCGUUCAAGGGGCUGACCCAGUGCGUCCAGAACUCCCCGGGCCCUUCAGCCCACAGUCGCAGGAUGAGAACUCUGCACAAACACCCUCAUCAGCUGGAGCUGUCCCUGCGACACCGUCAAAGGGCGGCUUCCUGUCUGGUUUGACGCGAUUGAUCGGUGGCCGACGUGCUACCUCGGCCACGCUUGGUAGCGCAGGCAACAUUCCCCAGGGGUCCAACCAGUCAGUAACAUCUGGGUCUCGACCUGUUUCUCUCGUGGAGGAGCCAGGAUCCAAGACUCCUGAACCACAGGUUCCCGAGCUCGUUGGCCCUUCCCGCCGUAGGCUUAACAGCCAAGGCAGCGGUUCGAAGGAGGGCGCGGGAUCCCCUCCAGGUAAAGACAAUGCCGGCCCCCGUGCGACACGCGCCGAUACGGGGCUCUCGAUCGAUACUGAGGUUGCCGAUCUCGAAGCCAGAGGAGAGAACACCCCGACCCCCAUCGGAGUACGCAAUCGGCCCAGUCCUUUUGUGUCACGGAGCGCAGGUGGUAAUCGAGGGGAUUUUCUUGCCACGCCCGUAGACCCUGAUUGGGUGUCCAACAGACGGAACCGCGCCUUCCUCGGUAUAUUCGAUCAAAUGAGGGUUUAUGAAGUCACGAAUGACUGGGUCAAAUGGAAGCAGGAACGUGGCCGCGCCCAGGAGUGGGAAUUCCAGCUGGGCGUCAACACUCUGGAUGAAAUUGCGGCCGAAGGGAUGGCGGGCAUGAGAGAAGUGCUCGCAGCGGCUGGAGCGAGGGUUCCGGCUGACGUCCAGACUCAAAUUAUCGAGGAGACGGAGAGAAGAACCCAAGCGGCGAGGGAUAGAGUGAAUAACGGCCUCGACGACGAGAGGAUCUAUGUUGAAAACACGGCCAAAAUCAUAAUAGACCUUAUGGAAAGAAGUUCACCCACCCUAGGCCGCCGGCGAGGCACGUCCCGCGCCUCUGGCAGAUUGUCGCUCGAUUCACAAGCAUCGCAACCGGAGCUCCCCCCCUUGCACCCUGAAGCGCUGAGGAGAAAUUCGAAGGAAGAACUCAUAGGCAAGGUCCUGGCCUUAGAACAGGCUCGUCUAGACGCCGUAGAAGCUACGACUGGGCUCGAAGAUGAACAGCAAAGAACACAGGAGGCACAACAGGAAGAAAGAAGACAAUGGCAAGUCAAUACAAACGCAGCACGGAGAGACGACCUAAGACGAAUAGAGGAACUUGAAUUCGAGGUGGAUUAUUUCAGGCGGCAGGCUGAGGAGGCAAACUCCCGAGCCGCACCACCAAGACAGGAUCCCGAGGGCCAGCCACCAAGUCAGGGCAGCUCCGACGGAUCCGCCCCAGCGGCGCCAUCCACAUCGCCGGCAGGGUCACCCCCUAGAUCCCCAGCGCGUGAGCAGACCUUCACGGACCUGACGAACCUUCUGACCAACCUCUGGCGGCAUGAGGAACUGGUGCGGCGGCUCCGAGCAAGGGCCGGCCUCAAUUCUGAGGGUUUGGAUGCCAACACGGCGCCAUUCUCGGAAAACGCUCAGUUAUCCAGGACCCAGCUCCUGCUCCAGCUCCGCGACGUCACAGAAAGUAGAGAACAACUCAGGCAGGAAGCUGAAGGGCUCUCCACACAGGUCGCGAGACUCGAAGCUACCAGAGUUUCUCCCCCUAGCCGCCCUGGGACUGGCCUGUUUAGCAACCUGUUCGGAGGCAACCGCGACAGAGAGUCGUCAAGUGGCGAUUCACGAAGCCGGUCGGGCUCGCGCGCAGACACAGCGAGCCCUCAGAACAUCCCGGAUGAACUAGAGGCGCAGGGAGGACCAUCAGAUCCUGGCAUUGGAGAGCCGGAUGCUGUGAAUCUCGCGCCUCUCCGCGUGAUUCCGGAAUGGCUCGCCACGCACCCCAACGGACCAUGCGACGACUGCGUGCCCGUUUUCCGCUUCCCACCGGAGCUGGGUGAGUUGCCAACCUGCGGCUGUACUUGCGACCUCGCUCUCGGCAACCCGCCGAGGUCCGCGGGAGGCUCAUCAGGGGCAGGAUCGUCACGAUCUCGGGCUAGCAGCGGCCGUAGUGUGAGGUUUGCGGACGACGGGACGGCGGCAGACGAGGGCAACGGCAGGAGGAGGCCUGCCCCGCUUGAUUUGGCCGCACUCGGCAUCGUCGAGGAGGCGAAUGACGCCGACCGGCCGAACACACCAUAUCCGGCGGGCGCGGAGGGCGGCCAGCCUGAUGCCCCAGCUGAUGCCCCAGCCGAUGCCCCUGCCGAUGCCCCUGCCGAUGCCCCUGCCGAUGCCCCAGCCCCGGGCGAACAACCUGAGGCCCAAGCCCCAGGCGACCAAGCAGGGACCGUGCCGAUACAACCUCCAGAGGAAGAGAGAUCGGCAGUGCAAGAGCCGGCAGUGGAAGCCCCCGCGAUAGCACCUGGCGGCCGGCGCGGUGGGAGAUGCCCCUGCUGUGGCAGGGGCACAUAUGGCGUUCCCCCGGCGGGUGGAUUGCCACAGAGGGCUUCAGAAAUGUGCUAG